AUGGCAGACCAAUGUGGAGGCUGUGGCAAUACUCCAAGGGAGAGGUGUACCAAAGGGGUUCUGGGAUCUGCCACCAAAGUGGGGCUCCGACAGGGGCGACCUGGACCAAUUGGAAUUCAAGGUCCAACAGGUCCUCAAGGCUUCAGUGGCCCUGGUGGUUUAUCAGGGUUGAAAGGAGAAAGGGGCUCCCCAGGCUCUCUGGGACCAUAUGGGCCAAAAGGAGAUAAGGGUCCCAUGGGAGUUCCUGGCUUCACUGGCAUCAAUGGGAUUCUGGGCCACCCUGGACAGCCAGGGCCCAGAGGCCCACCUGGCCUGGACAGCUGCAAUGGAACUCAAGGAACUGUCAGAUUUCUAGGCCCUGAUGGCUACCCUGGGCUUCUUGGAUCUCCCGAUCGCCCUGGUCAGAAGGGCUCUAAAGGUGAACCUGCCUUUAGCCAAGGUAGUCUCAAAGGAAUGAAGGGGGCUCCUGGGCUGCCAGGACUGGAUGGAAUCACAGGCCCACAAGGAGCACCUGGAUCACCAGGAGCCAUAGGAGCCAUAGGACCACCAGGCUUUCAAGAGGAGGACAGCCUCCAUUAUUGGAAGAUUAAAGUGAAACAUCCCCUUGCUAGAAAGUCCUCCAGGCCCCCCCCCAGAUUCCCUGGUCCUGAGGGGAAUAUGGGGUUAGGUUUCCAAGGAGAGAAAGGAGUCAAGGGAGAUGUUGGCCUCCCUGGCCCUGCAGGACCUCCACCAUCCACUGGGGAACUGGAAUUUAUGGGAUUUCCCAAAGGCAAAAAAGGAUCCAAGGGUGAACCAGGGCUUCAAGGCUUCCCCGGCACAAGUGGCCCUCUGGGCCUCCUGGGAUUUGGAACCACUGGAGAAAAAGGAGAAAAGGGAAUCCCUGGUUUGCCAGGACCUAGGGGUCCCAUGGGUUUGGAAGAAAUCCAAGGCCCUCCAGGGAGUCAGGGCAAGAAGGGAUCCCCAGGUUUCCCUGGGCUUAAUGGAUUCCCAGGAAUUAAGGGUGAAAAGGGUGGCAUUGGCCUGCCAGGCCCAGAAGUUUUCAUCGACACAGAUGGUGCUGUGAUCUCAGGUUAUCCUGGAGACCCAGGUGCACAAGUCCUCCCAGUUCUUAAAGGAGAUGAAGGCAUCCAGGGCCUGCCUGGCCCUUCUGGCAGUCCUGGCUCCCCAGCUCUCUUUCCAGGUGUCCCAGGUGCACUGGGGUCUCAGGGUAUUCUGGGCCUGAAGGGGGACCAAGGAGACCCAGGCUGCUCCACAAUAGGGGCAGCUGGCCUCCCAGGAAGAGAUGGUUUGUCAGGCCCACCAGGCCCAUGAGGACCUCCUGGUCCAGCAUCUGAGAUUGGAACCCUACAGGACACAGAGCCAGGGUUCCCUGGUCUCCGAGGAGAACGAGGUCCAAAAGGAAACCCAGGCCUCAAAGGAGUAAAAGGGGACUCAGGUUUUUGUGCUUGUGAUGGUUGUGUCUCCGACACUGGACCACCUGGGCAACCGGGCCUGCCCAGGCCACCGGGUCUCAUGGGUCUACCAGGCCUUAAAGGAAACAAAGGAGAUUCAGGCUCUGAGGGCACAGAGGGCCCAGCAGGGGAUCCAGGUUUAUUUGGGCCUCCAGGUUCUGUGGGCCCCAAAGGAGAUUAGGGAGAACCAACUCUCGGUACAGGAUCAGGGGUGCCAGGGGAGCCGGGUGAUCCUGGCCCUCAGGGGCCCCUUGGUGAGAUAGGAGCCCCAGGCAAAGAUGGAAUACCAGGUUUACCAGGUCUGC